AUGCGUGUCUCCCUACCCACGAUCUUUUCCUCCGUGCUCUGCACUGUUUUGGUUUCAUCUCAGGAGCUCAACCCCAAUCUCGACACCUACACCACAAAAUGUGUCGCAAAUUAUGGUAUUCCACCAGCCGGAGCCGAAAGUAUUCCCGGCUCUUUCUCCAAUACUGACUGUGCGAAUGACGCCGGGGCACGGGGCGCCGUGGAGGUUGCUGUAAACAAACUCAAGAUUGAUUUUGUUUACGGUGUCACUCGGCAGGUUGUGGCCGGCACCAACUAUGUCGUCUUUGUUAGUCAAAACGAACGAAAUUAUCGGGUUCCUAUUUACCAAGAUCUGAACGGAGAUUAUUCUCUUGAACAAGAAAAUAUCUGCUAUACACUCACAAAGGCAGAGAUUAAAGAAUGGAGGGCUCUAUUCAAGAGCAUGAACAAGAAUAGUAGGGACAAAAUUCUCACGGAGGAUGAGUUGGUCAACUGGGUGAACACCCACCCCGACAGUGGCAUCCUAACCGAGGAGAAUGCCAGGAUGUUGUUCAAGACAAUGGACGUAAACGAGGACCAGGUCGUCACAUUUUCUGAAUUCAUUGACGGAUUUCAUGGAAGAUAUGCCCCAAGGGGGUGA